CCUAUCUGGGCCUCAUAUCCGCGUUAGGUUCUGAAGCUUCCAGAAUUCCAGGUUUCUGUCCCCUCCUUAUAUAUAGAGGGCAUUCGUCUGUCUCCUAGGUUUUGCACCGCAGCUGCGUUCAUCUUCUUGCCAAUCGUUUCAGCCAUGGGGAGAAGACCUGCAAGGUGCUAUCGCCAGAUCAAGAACAAGCCAUACCCAAAGUCACGGUACUGCCGUGGUGUUCCAGAUCCUAAGAUCAGGAUCUAUGAUGUUGGGAUGAAGAAGAAGGGGGUUGAUGAGUUCCCCUUCUGUGUUCAUCUGGUGAGCUGGGAAAAGGAGAAUGUAUCCAGUGAGGCUCUUGAGGCUGCUCGUAUUGCAUGCAACAAGUAUAUGGCGAAGUAUGCCGGGAAGGAUGCUUUCCAUCUAAGAGUGAGAGUGCAUCCCUUCCAUGUGCUGCGUAUCAACAAGAUGCUUUCAUGUGCUGGAGCUGAUAGGCUUCAGACUGGAAUGAGGGGUGCCUUUGGGAAGCCUCAAGGAACAUGUGCUAGGGUGAUGAUUGGUCAGGUCCUUCUGUCUGUUCGUUGCAAGGAUGGCAACAGCAAUCAUGCACAAGAAGCUCUGCGCCGUGCCAAGUUCAAGUUCCCUGGCCGUCAAAAGAUCAUCAUCAGCCGAAAAUGGGGCUUCACAAAAUUUAACCGCACGGACUAUUUGAGGUGGAAGAGUGAGAACAGAAUUGUCCCAGAUGGUGUGAAUGCUAAGUUACUUGGAUGCCAUGGGCGACUUUCUGCACGCCAACCUGGAAGGGCAUUCUUGCCACCUACAAUCGCAAAUGCUUCUUAAGAUCUCUCCAAUGCAGAACAAGGACAAAGCUGUUGAUCUAUCAAUUGCUGUUUUAAUGUCCUGGAUCAUUUUGGGGUUUAAUUUUUUAUCGAGUGCGUUGUCUUUUGCAGUAUACGAGUGCUAGGUUUACCCAUUAUGGAUAUUUGUUUUUUGGAUCCUGUGCUUAAACAUCUUGGUAUGGCAGUUCAGCUUUUGAACCUGUUUAUGUUGAUGAUAGUGUUAUGAAGUAAAAAUCUGCUCCUUGAUUCGUA